AUGGUCGCUUCCCCGUAUCGCCGCCUCCACGUAUCGCCGCCUCCUCGUCUCGCCGCCUCCCCGUCUCGCCGCCUCCCCGUCUCGCCGCCUCCACGUAUCGCCGCCUCCACGUAUCGCCGCAUCCUCGUCUCGCCGUCUCCCCGUCUCGCCGCCUCCCCGUCUCGCCGCCUCCCCGUCUCGCCGCCUCCACGUAUCGCCGCCUCCACGUAUCGCCGCCUCCUCGUCUCGCCGCCUCCCCGUCUCGCCGCCUCCCCGUCUCGCCGCCUCCCCGUCUCGUCGCCUCCACGUAUCGCCGCCUCCCCGUCUCGCCGCCUCCACGUAUCGCCGCCUCCACGUAUCGCCGCCUCCCCGUCUCGCCGCCUCCACGUAUCGCCGCCUCCCCGUCUCGCCGCCGCCACGUAUCGCAGCCUCCCCGUAUCGCCGCCUCCCCGUCUCGCCGCCUCCCCGUCUCGCCGCCUCCACGUAUCGCCGCCUCCACGUAUCGCCGCCUCCCCGUCUCGCCGCCUCCCCGUCUCGCCGCCUCCCCGUCUCGCCGCCUCCCCGUCUCGCCGCCUCCACGUAUCGCCGCCUCCACGUAUCGCCGCCUCCACGUAUCGCCGCCUCCACGUAUCGCCACCUCCUCGUCUCGCCGCCUCCCCGUCUCGCCGCCUCCCCGUCUCGCCGCCUCCACGUCUCGCCGCCUCCACGUAUCGCCGCCUCCUCGUCUCGCCGCCUCCCAGUCUCGCCGCCUCCCCGUCUCGCCGCCUCCCCGUCUCGCCGCCUCCACGUAUCGCCGCCUCCACGUAUCGCCGCCUCCACGUAUCGCCGCCUCCACGUAUCGCCGCCUCCACGUAUCGCCGCCUCCCCGUAUCGCCGCCUCCCCGUCUCGCCGCCUCCCCGUCUCGCCGCCUCCCCGUCUCGCCGCCUCCCCGUCUCGCCGCCUCCCCGUCUCGCCGCCUCCACGUAUCGCCGCCUCCACGUAUCGUCGCCUCCACGUAUCGUCGCCUCCACGUAUCGUCGCCUCCCCGUAUCGUCGCUUCUCCGUCUCGUCGCACCAACUCCCCUGCAGUGAACCGAGCUACAGGGUCCUCAGUUCCGAUCAAGACACGAGGAAUGGAGGCAGAAGAAGAAGAAGAAGAAGAAGAAGAGGAGGAGGAGGAGGAGGAAGAUAUGGACGAACAGAUAGAAGAAAGAAAAAUGUGA